GGCGGCUAAGCCCCCGGCAUCUGCCAUUUGUCACUCAGCCCGGCGGGACCGCCCCGAGCCUUGAUUUAGCCGCGGCCGGGGCGGGUCUGCUCUCACUCUGCCGGCGCUGCGCCUGCACCGACAGACCAGACGGGGCGGCUCUGCUCUCCCGCGGCGGAGCCGGAGCCGGAGCCGGAGCCGGAGCCGAGCCGGAGCGCGGGCCGGGGCGCCGUCAUGGCCGCGCAGGCGGUGCAGCCCCACGGCCGCGCCUGAGUUGCGGGGCCCCGACCUGCCACGGAUUGACUUCACAUCUCACGUGACCUCUGUUUGAUGUCACAUCUAAAACUCCUCUGUACCUCAAACUGAGAAAGGUAUUUGUAUAGGAAUCAGAGGAGUUAAUCGUGAUCUUCUCAUACAAAAUAAACGGACAUAGCCUUUUUGAUCAAAUUAAGAGAAGAAAACAGUCAACCAAGUGAAUAAAUUGCUUAGAAAGCAGGGGAAAACUUCAGGGUUUUUCUAAUCCAAUUGCAAGUUUGAAUCUUCAAACAAACCCCCUGGGAGAUCCUGUGACCCCCUUUCAGCUGAUGCUUCCUGUCAUUGAGUAGACAGUCUGGUGACCCUGGACAUGUCCCAGCUCUAGUGACACAGAUUACCUUUCUGCUCCUGGAACCUCUUGUGUGCCUCAGACUUUCUUCUCUCAACUUGAGACCGCAUAUAAAUUGGGAUGUGGGGAAGCAGGAAGCCCAGCUAGUGGUAACUGAGAGCCCCCUCCCAGUGGGUAGACCCAGGCCCAGAGAACCACAGCACUGUGGCUCCCCCUGGAGUUUCGCUGUGUGCUCAGCGCCCUCCUUCCAGCUGUGCUCACAUGGCACAGCCCUUACUCAGCGCAUCUGAAAAAGAAAGAGUGAAAAGCAAAGCCCAUGGCCGCCUACCCUGCCAGCUAUGUGGCAAGACGUUUCUCACCCUGGAGAAGUUCACUAUCCACAAUUAUUCCCACUCCAGGGAGCGACCUUUCAAGUGCUUGCAGCCUGACUGUGGCAAAGCCUUCGUUUCCAGAUAUAAAUUAAUGAGGCACAUGGCGACCCACUCACCCCAGAAAUCUCACCAGUGUGCUCACUGUGAGAAGACAUUCAACCGGAAAGACCACCUGAAAAAUCAUCUCCAGACCCAUGACCCUAACAAAAUGGCCUUUGGGUGCGAGGAGUGUGGGAAGAAGUAUCACACGGUGCUGGGCUACAAGAGGCACCUGGCGCUGCACGCGGCCAGCAGCGGCGACCUCACCUGCGGGGUGUGCGCGCUGGAGCUGGGCAGCACGGAGGUGCUGCUCGACCACCUCAAGGCCCACGCCGAAGAGAAGCCCCACCACGGAGCCCGGGAGAAGAAGCACCAGUGCGACCACUGCGAGAGGUGCUUCUACACCAGGAAAGAUGUCCGGCGCCACCUGGUGGUCCACACAGGCUGCAAGGACUUCCUGUGUCAGUUCUGCGCCCAGAGAUUUGGCCGCAAAGACCACCUCACCCGCCACACCAAGAAGACCCACUCGCAGGAGCUGAUGAGGGAGAGUCUGCAGCCUGGAGACCUGCUGAGCACCCUGCAUGCCAUCUCCCCCCAGUUUCAGCUGAAGGCGACCACCACUCUGUCUCCUUUCCCCCUGGGGGCCCCUGUGCAGAACGGGUUAGCCAGCAGCUUGCAGGUCGAGGUCCACACCCUCCCCAGCAAUCACCCAGAGCCACCUCUGCAGCCCAUUCAGCCGCUGCCAGAGCCCCUGGCCCCACUCCACCCCAUGCCAGCUCCCCCUAACUCUCCCCCGGCCCUCCACAACCACAAGUACAACACCGCCGCUACCUCGUACCCUCCACUUGCAAGCAUGCCCAUCAAACAGGAGAAUAAAGGCUAUUGCAAUGUUAAUCUGCUGGAGGACUUCCCUCUGCAAGAGCCUCAGUCCCCUCUGAAGCUCAGUCCAGGUUUUGACCUGGCUAAGGGCAGUGCUGCUAAGAUCAACCUGCCCAAGGAGCUGUCGGCGGAUGCCGUGAACCUAACCAUACCCGCCUCUCUGGACCUUUCCCCGCUGUUGGGCUUCUGGCAGCUGCCACCUGCCGCCCAGAACGCCUUUGGGAAUGGUACUCUCACCCUGGGGCCCGGGGAAUCGCUGCCCCAUCGAUUAGGCUGUUUGGGGCAGCAGCAGCAGGACCCCUCCCUCGCCAUGAGCCUGGGCCAGCUGGCUCUGCCCCCUCUGCCGCAUGUGUUCUCUGCCACUGCGGGGCCAGCCAUCUUGCCUCAUUUCCACCACGCGUUCAGAUGACUGGCUUGUAGGCAUCCCGAUUCUGCCAGGUGUUUAAGAGAAACCCUUUGAACGUCAGCUAGCAUACAAGGAAAGAUUUGGGAUUGGGAACGGCUUUGAGAUAAGAGAGUUCUUGAACUGCAUGUGUUUGUGCCAAUCUGUCCCGCGUUGUUUAUUAUGCUUCGUACCAAAUGAUGUAAUCAGCAAGUAUUCUCUAUUGGAACUGUUUAUUUGUGUCGUUACGAUCGACAUCCAUACGAGGGCUGCUAUAUCUAGAUAUUUGUCCUAUUGAAUCGUAAGCCAUCAUCAUCACACCUUGAUCGAAUGAGCUUGUGAGGCACUGCCUCUUGGGGAGGAAGUCUGGAAGUUAUGGCAUUCCCUACAAUGGGAGGGCUUUGGAGAUAAAAGCAUAUAACCUUAUUGCAUAUGUAACUAGGCUGUGAGUUUCUUUUCAGGGAUUUUUCUACCGUCCUGGUUGGAUGUAGUUUAGUUCCUCUUGCCAUAGACAGCCUGUAGUUUUACAAAAACGAUUUCUUGUGGAAUAAUAGACGUCUCCAUUAAAAAACAAGAAAAAAAAAAGCAUUUUAAAUGUAGUUUGAAUAUUUUCCACAAGGUGCGACAAUGUGAGUUUUCACUUCGUGUAUCUUUCAAUAGUUGUCAGUUAUACCUGACAGGAAAAAAAAAAAACAUAAAAAAAUUUUAAAAACAGACUAUAAAAAAAAAACACUGUGUAACCUGGUUAAGUGGUAAAGUAAUCAAGGCAUCAGCCAAGAAAAGCAUUUUGCUGCCUUUAGUAUUGAUUAUAUUUUUAACAUGAAUUUAAGAAGCUAUUACUGGAAUUUAAAUAUAUAUAUAUAUAUCUAUAUUAAACAAGAAUUUUUCUUUGCUUUAUCUGGCUUAAAGUACUACUCUGUGUAACUGCUGAAUUAUCAUUGCUCAUCAACAAGUGCAUUUAAAAUUCGUCAUUAAGGCAACAUUAGCUUUAUGAAGAAAACAGUUUACAAUGUAACUGUGAUCUGUCUUGGAUUUGGUAUUGAAUGAGUUUUUAAAAAUGUACAACCUAAUCUUUUCUUUUAAAGCUCUUUGUCUUGUGUUUAGAUGCUUUCUAUAUGAAUAUAUAUCUUACAUAUAAUAAACUGUGCAAAUUCUG